UUACGAAAAUAAAAUGUUUUUUUUAUUUAUUUUUACUUACAUUUUUAAAACAUUUGCUAAAUAUUUUUUAAAUUAAAUCGCAAUAUGUUUAAUUUAUCAAGAGCCAUUGAAUGCUCGAAUAUUAAUCAGUGAUUGAAUAUUUGAAAAAAUCCUAAUUAAAUUCAACUGCUGAUCAACCUAAAGUAAAAUUAACAUAUGUCCAUUCCGGAAUCAUCCACUACUCCUCGCAUCAAAAAGCAUACCUCAACUUUAACUAUCCCAAUAAAUGUGAAUCCUCAAAGCGAUUUUGGGAGUGAUAAACGAAGAGAAAGCAAUGAAAAGAUUCUAUCACAAGAAUUGAACCGCAUGAAUUUUAAAAUGAAUGAGCUAAGGAAAAGUUUUGAGGAUUUGACGAGUUCAGAAUCUUCUCACGCCUUUAAACAUAAAGAUGAAGGCCAUCGUUCUUUUGAACGCACAAAACGGGAAGAGGUUCAAAACAGUGGACUAUCCUCGUGUUAUUCCACUAUGCCAGGUCGGUUUGAAACAAUAAAGCAGCAAGUAGCCCCAACCCCCGUAGACAAUUUUGAGCGCGAGGUUCAAAAUUUUCGAAAAAAUUUUGAUGAAUUUAAACGUUCCACGACAGCAAAUAGGACCCCUACCCGAGAAGAUAUCCCUUUUACAAACAACCCUAGAACCAUGACCUCCACGAUGAUGAAUGACUCAUUCCACACACCAUUUGGGACUAUGGCAAGUACGGGAAUGUCUGGUGUGGCAACGGAUGAGAGUCACAGAAUUGUGGAAAGCUCUUCCGGACGUAAGCUCUACCAGGUUACUCUCAAUAUGAAAGACUUCAAGCCACAAGAUAUUCGUGUUAAAAUUGUGGAUGGCAAGGUGUUGAGGGUGGAAGGUCGGCUAGACGCCAAGACAGAAACAGGUGGAAACAUUCAAAAAGAAUUUCAUCGCGAAUUUACAAUACCGCCAAACGUUGAUACGGAUGCCUUAGUGUCACGGAUUGAUGCCCGUGGCAUUAUGAAUCUAGAGGCACCCGUUUUGAUUCAAUAUGAUGGAAUAGACUCUCGGCACCCCAUAGCUUCUCCUGAUAAAUUUAGUAGUUCCACUUCUCGUUCUUUCAGUGCCACUUCAAACUCAUUCUUUAACAACAAUUCAGAAGACGGGCAUAAGAUAAUUCUACCCGAAGAAGAUAUUCUUCUUCCACGCCGCAAGUAUUCCUGGACGAGUGGAAACCCUUAUAUUGGACGACCACCCAAUAUUUUAUCAGCUAUGGCCCCCCGUUCCGGGGUAGAGCCUUUCAAAUUGACCGUAGAUAUGAAAGGUUACUCAGCCGAUCAAAUCAAAAUAGACGUGCGAGAUGACUCUCUCUUGCGUAUCCGAGCUCGGCGCGAUAAUAAAGAUUCGGGUGGCAUGAUAUCUCGAGAAUUCAAUCGUGAGUACACUAUCCCUCGAGACGUGAAUCUAGACUCUAUAACCUCGCUACUCUCAAAAGAAGGCAUUCUGACCAUUGAAACGGUUCUCCCUCCAUCUAUGGCAGAACCUAUAGAUGUAAUCCCUGAUGUCUUUGCAUACCACAGGCAGGAGGAACCUAUCCUUGACACCCCAGGAUUUAAGCUCACUUUUGACAUGAAGGAUUACGUACCGGAAGAGAUUAAGGUUAAAGUCCUAGGCGGUAGUUUGCGGAUCGAAGCCAAACACAUGGAAAAUUCGCCCGAAAAGGGCUCCAUAGUUCGGGAAUUUAGUCGGGAAUACGUUAUUCCGGCCCAUGUUGAACCCGAUCAAUUGAGGUCUUCUCUUUCAAAUAUGGGCAUACUCACUAUUGAAGCGCCAUCGUUUCAACCCAAAUGAAAACAAAACUGAUGCUUACGUGUAAAUAAAAAUUUUUUAUUUUCAAAUUAAAAAUAUUUUUCUCUUAAUUUAAAUUGUUACAUCUUUUUGUUAUUGUUAGCCUUCACCAUAUUCAAAUUUACAUUAUAUAAAUUAUUUAAAGCAUUUUAUAAUCUAAAAUAAAUAUUUAACGAAAAAUA